CCAAUUAAGCCAUUUGUAUUCUCUUGAGUCUCUCUGUACUUGUGCACUAUGAGAGCCAAUUAUGCUUAUGCAUAAAACAUUAAACUUAAACAAAAAAUCUACAAUCUUUUUUGUUUUUCUAUCUAUGUGGUGUAGGUCUCUAAGAUUAAAAAAAGAAGCUUGUGAAGUUACCAAUGAAUUUCCGGCUAGGUAUCCCAACAAUGCGAGCCUCGACAGUUUUACUCUGUGGUAUUGUCCUGGCUCACUUGUUUGCUGCUCAAAUUGAUGGUCAAAGAUCUAGAAGUCCAUGGCAGACGCUUAGUGGUGAUGCUCCUCUUGUGAUUGCUCGUGGUGGGUUUUCUGGAUUGUUUCCAGAUUCGAGUCUCGCUGCCUACAGUUUCGCAAUGCAGACAAGUGUAGCCGGUUCUGCACUAUGGUGUGAUGUUCAGCUAACCAAAGAUGGACUUGGAAUUUGCUUUCCUGAUUUGACAUUGAACAAUGCUUCAACUAUUGAAUUUGUUUAUCCAAGUCGCCAAAAAUCUUACCCGGUUAAUGGAGUCCGUACUCGGGGUUGGUUCACCAUUGAUUUCUCCUUGAGCGAUCUCAACAAUGUUUCUUUGAUCCGAGGAAUAUACUCUCGGAGUGAAAAAUUUGAUGAAAACGGAUACUCGAUUUUGACGGUUCAAAUUGUAACGACGCUGAAGGAACAAGAAGUGUUUUGGUUAAAUGUUCAGCACGAUGCGUUCUAUGAGCAACAUAAUCUUAGCAUGAGCAGUUUUCUGAUAUCAGCUUCAAGAACUGUUUCUAUUGACUACAUCUCUUCCCCUGAGCUGAAUUUUUUUCGGAAAGUUGCUGGACGUUUUGGGCGUGAUGGACCGAUAUUCGUGUUCCGGUUUCUUGGGAAAGAAGAUUUCGAGCCGACAACAAAUAGAACUUACGGUUCUAUCUUGAGUAACCUAACUUUUGUCAAGACGUUUGCUUCCGGGAUUCUUGUUCCAAAAUCUUACAUAUUGCCACUUGAUGACAAACAAUACUUGCUUCCUCCUACGUCCUUAGUUCAAGAUGCUCACAAAGCAGGAUUAAAAGUGUAUGUGUCAGGUUUUGCAAAUGAUGUUGAUAUUGCAUAUACCUACAGUUUCGAUCCAGUUUCUGAGUAUCUAUCUUUUGUGGACAAUGGUUAUUUCUCUGUCGAUGGUGUGCUCUCUGAUUUUCCCAUAACUGCAUCUGCAUCCAUUGAGUGCUUCUCCCAUAUUAGCAGAAACGCUACAAAGCAAGUGGAUUUUCUUGUUAUAUCAAAAAAUGGAGCGAGUGGGGACUAUCCUGGAUGUACAGACUUGGCAUACGAGAAGGCAAUUCAAGAUGGUGCUGAUGUUAUCGAUUGCUCGGUCCAAAUGUCCAGAGACGGUACACCCUUUUGCUCAAGUUCGAUAGAUCUCGCAAACAGCACAAUGGUCGCCCAAACUCCUCUCAGAAACCGUUCAACAACAGUUCAUGAGAUUAGCUCAGUUGGUGGAAUAUUCACUUUUAGUCUCACAUGGCCUGAGAUCCAGAGCUUGACUCCUGCUAUUUCAAACCCCUACAGGGCAUACAAUAUGUUUAGGAAUCCGAAUGAGAAAAAAUCUGGGAAGCUUAUUUCACUUUCUGAAUUUCUAAACUUGGCAAAGAACUCCACUUCUCUCUCCGGUGUUUUAAUCAGUGUAGAGAAUGCAGUGUACCUAAGAAAGGAGCAAGGGCUCGACGUGGUUAAAGCGGUUCUCGAUACACUUACGAAAACUGGUUAUAGCAAUAGAACAACCACAAAAAAUGUCAUGAUUCAAUCAACGAACAGCUCGGUUCUUGCUGACUUCAAGAAGCAGAGCCAGUACGAGACUGUCUACAAAGUUGAAGAAACCAUCAGUGAUAUUCUUGACUCUGCUAUCAAAGACAUAAAGAAAUUCGCUAACGCUGUUGUCAUCAGUAGAUCAUCAGUCUUUCCCUUUCCUGAUGGGUUCAUCACUAGGCAAACCAAUGUUGUGGAGAGGCUGCACAAGUCUCAGCUCUCGGUUUAUGUGGAACUGUUUCAGAACGAGUUUGUAUCUCAACCGUAUGACUUCUUAUCUGAUCCAACCGUUGAGAUAAACUCAUACAUCUCUGGAGUCGGUAUCAAUGGAACCAUCACCGAGUUCCCUUUGACAGCUGCAAGAUACAAAAGGAAUCGAUGUUUGGGCAGCAAAGAAACCCCACCUUACAUGGCCCAUGUUGACCCUGGUGGCCUCUUAACCGUCGUGAGUCCGUCGUCCUUACCUCCAGCCAAACCUCCAAACCCGGUUUUCACAGAUGCUGAUGUCACUGAGCCACCACUACCUCCGGUUACAGCAAAAGCCCCAACCUCAACCCAUGGAACCUCAACCUCAUCAACCAAUGCACAAGCACCUAGGCCUAGUGGACAAACUCGACUCACUCUAUCUCUCCGUCUCUCUGUUUUUGCCUCUCUUUUACUUCUUUGAUCAACCGUUGAUCUCAUCCCUGGCGAGUCUUUAUGAUCGCCCUACUGUUGCUUUGGAGUGCCAACUUCUCAUAUAUAUUCUUGAGGUGUUACUUUCACUCGGAUUUAUUUGAGAUAACAUUCUCUUGUACUCUUGCCUUAUGUCUUGUGUUAUUUUGUUAGAUAUUGUAUCCUCAAUAUAUUGGGGUGCAUUUGAUCUAGCAUUUGGAGUGAUUUGACCGCAAAUCAUAUCUUCUUUAAACAUGAAUUUUACAAAGUU